GCAAGUACGUCAAUUCAUUCCAUCAUUUUAGCCACAUCCGCAUGUAGAAAAGCCACUAUAACAAUGUUGAAUACAUAUUAAACCGAAAUCGAACCACCCUUCAGUCUCAGUGUCUUCCCGUGCUCGAACCACGAUCUAGGGUUUUCUUCACAACGCAACGUAAAUUUUCUUGCAUUCUCUCUUCAAACCGAAAUUAUAAAAAUCCGAUGGGAGUAGUAAUUGAGAGCUCCGUUUGGGAACCAAAUCCAUCCGUAAACAUCUUCAUCUUCGUUUGUUGCUUCUUCUCGAUCCUUCUUUUCCCUCACAUCUCCAACCUCAACAGAACCUCCACAAUCUUCGACCAUGGAACCUCUCACUCAUUUCUCCGUUUCCAGCGGAACUUCCUUCUCCUGUAUUCUCUUGCAUCAGUAAUGGAAGGUAUGUGGUCAGUGUUCGGGGAGUAUGAAUUAGCUUCGUACGGAAUCGGAAGGGAAAAUAUGGUCAAGUCUCUCUGUUAUGGCUAUACAACAGCUCUGUUUGCUGCUCCUUUCGUUGGUGUUCUUUCAGAUUUGAUAGGUCACAAGAAAAUUAGUUUAGUCUUUUGCAUCCUACACUUCAUUGUUGGCAUAUGGAAGAAGAUUUCAGGUCAAUCAAGCUUGUUCAUGACUAGCAUAUGUCUCUCUCUGGCCAAUACAAUAUUUUCAUUCAGUUUUGAGACGUGGAUGGUCAGUCAACAUGAAAAGCAAGGGCACAGGCUAGAUUCACUGAAUGACACAUAUUGGUUAAUGACUUUCUUCGAGUCUGCAUGUUUUAUUACCAGUCAAAUGUUUGCGAAUUGGCUGGUUGGUAAUAAUACAGAAAAAAACACUGCUCCUUCGUCUGCAGUUAUCUUCUUUGCAACCAUAUGCUUCACUUUUAUCACCAGAGGAUGGACAGAAACUCCAGGAAUAGCAUCUCUGAAGGAAUAUAGUCACUCCUUCUAUGCAUACAUUUUUGGUGAUAAAAGGAUAUGGCUGCUGGCGUGUGCACAAACUUGCUUUCACUUCUCUAUUGGAAUUUUUUGGAUCCUGUGGUCACCUACAGUGGUGGCAGAUGGGCGAGAGGUACAACUGGCGUUGAUAUAUCCAUGCUUUAUGGGCUCAAGAAUGCUAGGAAGCACUGCAUUUCCGUGUCUCACUAGUGGGCCAUCAUCGCUUAGAACUGAGGACUGUCUGGUUUUUGCAUACAUUAUACUGGCUCUUCUCCUGUCUAUUGUGGCCUAUGACUAUCAGGAAAUUGGAGUUCUGGUGACAUUAUUUUGCUUGUUUCAUGCUUGUGUCGGGUUUGUUUUGCCAUCACUUGCAAGAUUGAGGACCAUGUAUGUUCCUAAUGAAUUGCGUGGAGGAAUGAUGGGCUUCUCUCUCGCCCCUGCAAAUGCAGCUAUUUUGCUUUCUUUGGUGCAAGGUGGCUAUUACCGGAAUAUUGGAAAUGGAGCAUUAAUGGCAUUUGGUGUGUUUGGUUUAUUGCUAGCGGCUGGUUGCAUGCAUGCCCUGAAGCAAUUGGGAAAGCAACCGUAUAACAACUGGCAUAAGCAAUGAAUUAAUGCCCCUUUGGCAGGCUUUGGUAGUGGUGGAUGUCCGUCUUUUAUUGAAUGAUAUAGGAGGAGUAAUGAUGAAGAACUUAGAUGAUGCCGAUUCAGGCAAGGGGAAAUUAAUUUCAAAAAACUACAAACAUCGACUACUAGUGAGUGCUGAACUGGACUGACAUUUGGGUUCUUUCUCUUGCAUACUUUGCUGCUUGGGUUUUCUUAUGGAGGAUUAUUCAAUUGCACAAGCUUUGGAAGCUGCUGUCAGAAUCUGUAUCCGGUGACGUGUGCCAGUUUCUCCAGAAGAGCACCCAAAGAUCAUAAGGUGAAAAUUGAAUAUUAUAUUUUGGUUUUGUUAGCAUAUUAAGGUUAGUCAUGUGUUAGUUUAUUCCAAGUUUAUUAGCUUAAACCGUAACACUGACUAACCCUAACAUACUAAGAAGUAAGGAGGUUUAUAUAAAGCCUCAAAGAAAACAUUCGAAGCUCCGGUGAUGUGAUUUUUUCAAUUUCAUCAUGACACAAUUUGGUA